AUAAAAGGAAACGCUGAGCUGCAGGAUCCCACUCCUGGAUUUCACCAUGUGGUGGUUCUUUCUUUGUCACCUUGUUGCCUUGGCCGAAUGUGACCAUAUCAGUUAUGAGCCUGGCUUGAACCCUAAGAAAACCUAUGAGUACAAAUAUGAGGGAAUGGUGAAUAUUGGGCGUGGCAUGCCAAACCUUGCAGAGUCUGGCGUGAGACUCAUGUGCAAAGUCAAGAUCAUUGGUGUGUCUGCACAAAAAUUCCUUCUCCGGGUUUCAAACUUGAACUUCGAGGAGUUCAAUGGCAUCCCAGGGAAGAAUGCAUUUGUUACGUCACCAAAGCUUACCAAACGGAUUGCUGCCGAGCUCAGCAAACCCUUCAUGUUCGAGUACGCCAAGGGACGGGUUGGUGACAUUCACACCUCUGCUGAAGUAUCUGACACCAUCGUCAAUAUUGUGAGAGGCAUACUUGGGUUUUUCCAAGUCACAGUCAAGACCACCCAAAGAGUGUAUGAGCUGGAGGAGGUUGGGAUCCAUGGAUUGUGCCAGAGUACCUAUGCCAAUGAGGAGGAUGCCAACUCCCAAGAAUUGUCAGUCACCCAAAUUGUUGACAUUAAUAACUGCAAAAAAAAGGCAGCCAUUUACAGAGGAAUGGCACUUGCUGUCGACAACAAACUUUCCAAAGAGAGAGGUGACUCUGUCAUUUCAACAGUGAGAUAUGUCUACACAGUGAAACCAACAGUUGACGGAGGCCUGAUCAAGAAGGCUCAUGCCUUGGAGCGCCAGCAUUUCUCCCCAUUCAACGUGAAAGGGGGGAACUCCAAACUGCAAGCCAUGAAAGAACUUGUGCUGCUCAGGGUAACUGACACAGUGGGGGCACCUACUGUUGGUCCCAUGAUUAGCCGAGGGAAUCUGGUUUACAAGUUUGUGAAAGCGUUGGCCCAAAUCCCCAUUUUGAUGAAGAAGUUGGAUGAUCCAGUGCCCAAGAUUGCAGACAUGAUCAAACGUUUGGCCCAAGCGAACAUCUACCAGACAGACAGUGCAACAAGUGAGGAUGUUGUUUUUCUUUACCAACUCCUGCGCGUGACAUCGCUAGAAAACCACGAGGUUCUGUGGAAACAGCUCUCAGGGAAUGAUGAACACAGACGAUGGCUUUUGGACACGAUUGUUGAAGUUGCAGACGCAAGAGUUCUCAAAUUCCUGAAGAACAGAUUCAAAGCCGGUGAUAUAUCAGCCAACGAGGCUGGACAAACACUUCUGAUCGCAUUUAAUCAUUUAGCAGCAGAGACUGACCUGCUGGAGAUGGCCAAGGAGUUUCUGUCCAUGCCCUUCAGUAAGUCCCACCCAAUGCUGUGGAACACUGUGGUGCUGUCCUAUGGAUCACUGGUCUACAGGUACUGUACCUAUGAGUAUGGUCCGUCUUGCCCGGUGGCAGUUGUUCAGCCCCUGUUGGACAUGGCGAUCGAUGGCCUGAAGAGAAACAGUGAACUGGACAUGUUGCUAGCCCUGAAGGCCAUUGGGAAUGCUGGCCACCCCUCCAGCAUUAAGACCAUCAGGCGCUUCCUCCCCGGAGUGUCUGCCACUCCUGUGACCCUCCCAGCCCGUGUGCUAAGUGCAGCCGUGCAGUCUCUGAGACACCUGGCAGUCAGAGACCCCCACAGCGUCCAGGACAUCACAGUGAGCAUGUUUGUGCAGAGGCACCUUCCCACUGAGAUCCGUAUGUUGGCAUGUAUGAUCCUGUUUGAAACUAAGCCGCCUUUGGCUUUGGUGUCUACAGUGACUGAAUUCCUAUUGGAGGAGGCUGACAUGCAUGUGGCUAGCUUUUCUUACUCUCUCAUUAGGAGCAUUGCCAAAUCAAGCACUCCGGACAACCACUUCCUCUCAACAGCCUGCAAUGUCGCUGAGAAAAUCCUGGCCCCUAAAUUUGGUCGUGCCAGUUACCACUACAGCAAAGCUAUGCGCCUAGAUUGGUUUAAUGACGACUUCUUGAUUGGUACAGCCACUGAGAUCUUCAUGCUGAAAAAUGCUGCAAGCUCCAUCCCGACAGAAAUAGUGACCAAAGGGAAAUUCCAUUUCAUUGGCAAAAUAUUACAACUUGUGGAGCUUGGUUUCCGUGCUGAGGGAAUUAAGGAACUGUUUAGACAGAACAUUCAAGCUAACGGCCAUCUCAGCUACACUGACUUCGAGGCCAUAUUCAAAGUGCUGCAAGAUUGGCAGACAUUGCCCGAGGAUAAGCCUCUGUUGUCUGCCUAUACACGAAUCUUUGGUCAAGAGUUCUUCUUCGCGGAUUUGAACAAGGACUUAAUUCAGAGUAUUAUCAAGACUGUCAGUCCAUCUGCAGGCAAACAGAGCCCAGUCUGGAGAAUGAUUGAAAAUCUUCAGAAGGGGAUGUCAUGGCACUGGACCAAGGCCUUCCUUACGUUUGAGACCCGUUACAUCCAAGCCACCUCCCUCGGUCUCCCACUGGAAAUCAGCAAAUAUUAUAACACAGUAACAACCAUUACCGUCAAUGCUGAGGCUGCAAUCAGCCCACCACUGACUGAUCGCCUGGGACAACUGUUGACCUCAGAUGUUUCACUAGCGACUGAUGGAUUUGCUGGUUUCUCAAAGGACCAAUUUGUCUUCCAUGGGAUAAACACUGACAUUUUCCAGUGUGGUGUGGAACUGAAGAGUAAAACAGUAGUUGCCAUGCCAUGGGAAAUCAGCAUGAAAGUGAACAUCAAACAAAAUACAUUUGAAAUUGACCUUCCUGCUUGCCAAGAGGAGACUAAGCUUUUCUCAGUCAAGUUUGACGUAUAUGCGGUCUCAAGGAAUAUUGAGGAGCCAUCACUUGCUAAAAUGACCCCAAUGAUGCCUGACUCUAUUGAGGCUAAUGAGGAUAUAGAGCCACCUAAGCAAAGCUAUUUGACCUCUGGACAAAAGAUUGUCAAAUUUGACACUUACCAUCCACAAGUAAAGGUGUGUGCAGAGGCUAACAUCUAUGGGGCAGCUUUCUGUGUUGAGUCAGAGGCAACGAGAUCACACUACAUUGAUGAAUACCCCCUUUACUACUUCUUGGGAUACACCAACUUUGCAUGUACAAUUCAACCAGUCCAGUCCAACAAACCUGUUGACAAGAUUCACAUUGAGAUGAACGCCAGCCCAACCAAGGACCCAGUUAGUGUCCGCCACCUGCUUGACACCCUGCGGAGGCUUUCCAAGGACGCAACCAAUAGUUUCCAUCUCUCCUCUGGUUCCUCAAGCAGCGGAACGUCUCAUCAAGCAAGCUUCAAAGCCAAAGAAGCUUCUGCUUCUGAGGUUUGGAAUGCCAAUCCUGAACCAUUGUUCACCAUCAAGGUUCUGGCCAUGAGUGGCAAGACAAAGCCAGAGGGUUACGAAGCAGCUGCUUACUACACUCCUUCUACCCAGAUGGACAACACCCAGUUGAUCGUGUCUCAGGUUGGGGAGGAUGCCAACUGGAAAUUGUGCACAGAUGCUAAUGUGGAUAAGGUCCGGCAGGAGCAGCUAAAGAUGCACGUAAGAUGGGGAGAUGAGUGUCAGUCAUAUGAGAUGUCUAUGAAAACUGCCACCGCACAUCUGCCUGGGUCCAAACCCACUCUGAAGGCCAAGAUUCACUGGAAGACUGUUUCAGGGUACAUGACAGAGGUUGGAAAAAGUAUUGAGAAGUACAUUCCAGGCAUGGCAUUCCUUUUGGGGUUUUACCAGGAACAUGACACAAAUGCCAAACAUGAAGUUUCUGCAUCAGUUGUUGCAGCAACAAGAGGCAGCAUUGCUAUGACGAUCAAGCUCCCUGAUUUGACAGUAUAUCAUCAGGCGAUCGCUAUUCCAAUCCAAGUGACCGAUUUUGAGGAUGGUCAACAGUACAUGGGAAACUCAACAUUGGAGAUGGAUAGAGAGCUAUAAGUCUUACCAUUGCCAUUGUGCACUGCAGAAGGACAACGAAAGGAACAGACAUCCAUGACCAUGCAGUGAAUGUUUUCAUCGGCAAUGAGGCAAAUUGCAUACAUUCCCAUUUCUAAAAAGUGAAGAUCUGGAGAAGGCAUCCUACAAACCGAACAUAAGUCUUAUUUGUACAAAAAGAUGUGUUAGACUUUCAUUUGGAUAUCAUAUCUGAAAUCAAUAUUUUCAAAUGUCUACCUUCUUUCACUUGACAGUUUGCCUAUCGAUGUGAAAUAAAAUGGUAUUCUGCAUCAUUCAAA